CCAAAUUGAUUUACAAGUAUCGGCUAGUUUUUUUUUACAACAGCCCCCUUUAGUUCAAGUACCAUUCUUUCGAACAAAAAUCGCGUUGUUGAAAUUUUUUGUCAGAGGGAUUUAAUAUAUUAUGUUGUUUGUAAGCGAGUGGAUUAAUUCAUGGAUUGAUAUGUAUAUCGCCCGAUUGAUUAAGGAUUAUCUAAGGAUACGAUCAGAUUUAUACGGAGAUAUGAAAGUUGAAACGCGUGUGAUAUACUGUUUUGUUACAGUGUAUAGGAAUACGAAUUUAAAAUACAAGUAUAAUAUAAUAUAAAAAAAAGAUUAUACGACUCUGCCACGACUGUUUUUAAGUUGCCACGUUAAACGUACAUUUGUUUCUUGACUAUCUGAUUUCUUAAGUUAACAUUUUCGUGAAUGAAAAUGGUGCAUUUUGGAUCGUAAAACGGGGAAACUUCGGAUUCAAAAUAAUUACCAAGGAAUCACAGACAUCUAUGAGGCAUUCUGCUUUCUGUUGAGAUAGAUUUUUUUUCUUUUAAUUGUCAGUCAUUCUUACAGGAUAUUUUUUUCCAAAAUCGGCCAAAACAGCAUUAUUCUGCAAAACGGCAAUCUUUUCCUGAGUAAAUGUCUUUUUUCGACGUUCAAAAAUUCUAAGCAAUCGGCGUUGCUUUUAACGUGGCGUAUCUCAAAUAUAAUAAGAUAUCGUGUUAAAAAUUGACUGAAAAUUUUCAAAAAUAAGAAGAAAAAUAUUAUUUCUUGGAUCAAUACGCAGUGUUAAAAAAUUUGUCUAUGAACAAAUGCGAAUAAACAUAUAGACUGCUGAAUAGAGGAUAAUUUACACGUCAAGAAAAAAAAGUAACCAUGACCGCACUUUCUUCGAAUCAGCAUCUUGCUGCACUACAAUAUCCGUGGCAUACUAAAAGGGGAAAGCCAGCCAAGAUGUUGCAGGUUUCGACUGCCUGCUCAAGUCCCCAUACUUCAAGAGUAACGUCCCCUGUUGAGAAGGAAAAUUUACGUCGGCAAAUUGUCGGUCUAGCAGUGAAGAGUAACACAUUAGUUAAGAAAACUAGUGAUAGUAAUUCAUCUGCAACUACAAGAAGAACUAAUAUUUCAUCAUCAAUACAGGAUAAGAUAGACAACGCAUCAAUAAAUAACGCUCAUAAUUUUAACAACAUUCAAGUGGAUGGUUUGAAAACGGUAAAAAGUCCUCGCGCUCAUUCAACUAAACGCACCCGUCUUCACGUUAAGUGUUCGAACGAUUUCUUGCACAGCAACAAAAUGCCACAUACAGAACCGCACGACGCUCUGAGGAACACGCUGAUCAGGUCUAAAACGGCAACGAAUGUCGACAACAAAACCAAACCGAAAAUAGUGCGUUUCCGGAUGGAUGAAUACACUAUUGGAAAGCAAAAAGCGCCGAUUGUAACCAUCACUGACAAUAAAGACGCGACUGCUAUACACAACAGUGAUGUUGAGUUAGGACAUACAAAUGGUUAUGAAGUUAGGGGAAGUGCAAUUUCUGUAAGAAAGGACGGACUAAAGGGUCUCCUUGCAUACAAGGACAUUUGCGUAGAAAACGAAAAACGCCAGAACUCGUUGCAAGCAUCGCUCAAAAUUUUUCGGCGCAGAAUAAAACUGAACCAAGAGAAGUUUAUUCAACCGAAUGAAUCUACCACGGAAGAUUACAUUAUUCAUACUCGGUCGCCAAUGUUUGACGUGAGCGCACCGUCUCCGGCGCCAGACGACAGACAAACAACCCGCCCUCUGUCGAGCGACGAGCACGUGAGGAUUCUGCGCUCAGCACUUCAUAAUAAACACAAUGGGGGAACCAGUGUAGUUAAACAGACAGACAACAACGAAACCGGUGAAUCUUAUAAAAAUAUCAAAUGCUCAUACAGACUUCCAGAAAAUCCAAACUGGGGUAAAGAAGUGUCCUUUAAGGAUAUCAAAGAUGACGUCAUACCUAACGUCAAAACAUACGUUCUUGCCGAGGAAACGCACCCGCAUGCCAAAUUUAAAAAGAACAACAUACAAAAUUCAGUGACCUUGAAUACACAUAACCUAAAUGUGCACAACUCAAUAACUCAAGUAAACGGACAAAAAGUAAAAGUAGGUGAAAGUGAAAUUUCGUUUGAUCCCAGAUUUCUAGACUGGUUGGAAGACUCUUUUACUAAUUUAAAACUUUAUAAAAGUUCAACGUUUAUGUCCGAGGACACGAUGGACUGCAGUACACCUUCAGUUAAAAGACGAAUUGCUGCAAAAACUUGAUGUUCGUAUUGGACGGUCACCAAUGCUGCAUUUAGAGAUAUUUCGCAAGCUGUCGAAAACGUUUAACAUCAUUUAUUUUAACGUCUGCAGAACAUUAUGUUGUUUCUAAAAUUGUCAGUUUAUCAUUAAUUUCCGAGAUUAAGACGAAAGACAUACCUCAGUAUCUCUCUAGACAUGAUCACCAGUAAAAUUCGGCAGCUAUGAUGCUAUUUUGUAAAUAAAUGAGGUAAAAAUGUUUAA